AUGGCCCAGGCCAAAGGGGAGGCGUUGUAUGACGAUUACAGGCACCAGAGGCCUGUAGGCUGUGAGUCCACGUUCGCCGUUCCCGAUGCCUUCUUUUGUUUUUCCUCCAACUCAAUCACAACCCCCCUUUUUACUUAUAUUUGUCCUCACUCAGUUGGAUACCUCAGGCGCGCUAUCAUGACUGCCACCAAGGCGGAGUCUCAAAAGAUUUUUGAGAAAAUCAAGCUCAAGCCCGCAAACAAGGUAUGCUUUGACUGCAGCAGUAAGAACCCAACAUGGUCCUCGGUGCCAUUUGGUAUCUAUCUCUGUCUUGACUGCUCUGCUCACCACCGUAACCUCGGUGUGCACAUCUCCUUCGUCCGAUCAACGAACCUGGACUAUUGGCAGUGGGAACAGCUGCGCGUGAUGAAGGUUGGUGGAAACGAGUCCGCAACUAAGUAUUUCCAAUCCCACGGAGGUUCCGCUGCGCUGGCAAGCAAGGACACCAAGAUGAAGUACACAUGCAAUGCGGCUGUUAAGUACAAGGAAGAGCUCAAGAAGCGCGCCGCACUUGAUGCGCAACAGUAUCCCGAAGUUGUCAUCACAGAUAUCCCCGCCGGUACCCCAUCGGAUGGAACAAACACUCCCGCCGGUGACGCCGACGACGACUUCUUCUCUUCCUGGGACAAGCCUUCUAUCAAGCGCCCAAGCAACCCUCCAUCGCGCACCGGUACUCCACCUGUUGUCAGUCGCACUGGCUCUCCUCUCCUGAACGUCGGAGCCAACGCGAAUGGAUCCCGUUCCAAGUCUCCCCUCUCUGCCUCCGAAGAGAAGAGCACAUCUCCCGCGCCAACCGCAAUCCGACCCACCGCCGCUGCCCGGAAGACCACCACAUCCAGCACCGCUAAGAAGGGCAGUCUGCUCGGUGCCAAGAAGGCACCCAAACUGGGAGCCAAGAAGGUCGCUGCCGCCGAUCUGAUUGAUUUCGAUGAGGCCGAGCGUAAGGCCAAGGAAGAGGCUGAGCGCAUUGAAAAGCUUGGCUACGACCCCGAGGCUGAACAAGCAGAGGCUGAGGCUAAGAAGGCUGCAACCGCUGCUGCUGCUGUACCAAUUGCAGCCCCUACCCCUGUUAGCCCCGCUGGCAAGUCCCAUGAGCGAAACUCGAGCGACGUGGACCGUCUAGGCAUGGGAAUGAACAGACUCGGCUUUGGCCAGGUCACAAAGCCUCCUGCUCCCAAGAAGCCAGCCUUUGGUUCUGUUGGCCCAGCCAAACCUAACCCCGCUGAUGGUAUUUCCACCAAACCCUAUACCCUUCAUAGAUUCGACAGACUAAUCCUAGCCAUAGAUGCCGAACUCGCACAAACUAGAACCCGAUUCGGUACACAGAAGGGUAUCUCUUCGGACGAAUUCUUUGGGCGUGAUAGAUUCGAUCCUGCAGCUCAAUCCGAGGCCAAAGAUCGUCUCCGUCAGUUUGACAGCGCUACAUCUAUUUCCAGUAACACCUACUUCGGCCGGCCCGAGGAUGAGGUCCACGCACUUGAUGACGGCUAUGGCGAUAUGGAAGCUACAGCCAAGGAUUUCAUCCGCCAGUUCGGAAUCACCGCUGGAGAUGAUCUUGAGAACCUGUCGCAUCUUGUCGGUGAGGGUGCUACAAAGCUGCAAGGCGCUAUCCGCACCUAUCUGAACAACUAG